AUGGUGUCGAAAUCGAGCUCCAGAUGCUGUUGUUGUAGCUGGUUCAUCGGCAUUAUCGUAUUAAUCGCCGUAAUCCUCGCCAUCGUUUUCACAAUCCGACACAGAGCAAACAAAUCCGACGACGACGGACCUCCUGGCUCCAUCGACAAGAAAUACGCCGAAGCUCUCAAAACCGCAAUGAAAUUCUUCGACAUCCAGAAAUCUGGUAAGCUGGAGAACAACAAGAUAGAAUGGAGAGGAGACUCAGGCCUCAAAGACGGAAGCGAAGCGAGUCUCGACCUCUCCAAAGGCUUAUACGACGCCGGAGACCACAUGAAGUUCGGUUUCCCGAUGGCUUUCACUGCAACAGUCCUCUCAUGGUCCAUUCUCGAAUACGGUCAACGAAUGGAUUCCCUCAACCAAUUAGAUCCGGCUAAAGAAUCUCUCAAAUGGACCACAGACUUCCUCAUCAACGCUCAUCCUUCUCCGAACGUGCUCUACAUCCAGGUGGGAGAUCCGGUGACGGAUCAUAAAUGUUGGGACAGGCCGGAGACGAUGCAGAGGAAGAGAACGUUGACUAAGAUUGACGCGGAGACUCCAGGGACUGAGGUCGCUGCGGAGACGGCAGCGGCAAUGGCUGCUGCGUCUUUGGUUUUUAAAGAAAGCGAUCCGAAGUAUUCGAGCACGCUUUUGAAGCAUGCGAAGCAGUUGUUUGAGUUUGCUGAUAAGAACAGAGGAUCUUACAGUGUUAACAUACCUGAGGUUCAGAGUUAUUACAACUCCACGGGGUAUGGAGAUGAGCUUCUUUGGGCUGCUUCUUGGUUGUACCAUGCCACGGAGGAUAAGACGUAUCUUGAUUUUGUGUCGGAAAAUGGAGAAGAGUUUGGGAAUUUUGGAAGUCCGUCUUGGUUUAGUUGGGACAACAAGCUUCCAGGAACACAUAUACUGUUGUCAAGAUUGACUUUCUUCAAGAAAGGUUUAUCAGGAAGCAAAGGACUUCAAGGUUAUAAGGAAACAGCAGAAGCUGUCAUGUGUGGGCUUAUACCAAGCUCACCAACUGCUACAGAGAGUAGAACUGAUGGUGGUCUAAUAUGGGUUAGUGAAUGGAAUGCAUUGCAACAUCCUGUGUCCUCUGCAUUUUUAGCCACUCUCUAUAGCGACUACAUGAUAACCUCCGGUAUUGAGAAAAUAUCUUGUAGUGACACAUCCUUCAAACCUUCAGAUCUCAGAAAGUUCGCUAGAUCACAGGCUGAUUACAUGCUAGGGAAGAAUCCGGAGAAAAUGAGUUAUUUGGUGGGUUAUGGCGAGAAAUAUCCAGAGUUUGUGCACCACAGAGGAGCUUCGAUUCCAGCCGAUGCAAACACUGGAUGCAAAGAUGGAUUCAAGUGGCUUAACUCGGAGGAUCCAAACCCGAACGUAGCUUAUGGUGCGCUUGUUGGCGGACCUUUCUUGAACGAGACGUUUAUAGACGCAAGAAACAACUCUAUGCAGAACGAGCCAAGCACUUACAACAGUGCUCUUGUCGUUGGUCUCUUGUCUAGUUUAGUUACUACGUCUUCGUCACUAAAAUCCUUUAUAUAA